AUGAAUCUUUUCCAAACAUUACUGUUAGCUGGCCUAGCCGUAGCCAAGCAGCCCAACAUCCUCUUCAUCUUGACUGAUGAUCAGGGCAAGCAUGUAGGAGGAUUAGACCACAUGCCCAAACUUCAGGAACACCUCGUCGAAAAAGGAGUAUCUUACCCCAAGCACUACUGCUCCAUUGCACUCUGCUGUCCUUCCCGCGCCAACCUGUGGACUGGUCGCAUGCCCCACAACACAAACGUUACAGACGUCGGCCUUCCCUAUGGUGGAUACCCAAAGGUAGUCGAAGCAGGCUGGAACGACAACUACCUUCCACUCUGGAUGCAAGAUGCUGGCUACAAUACAUACUACGUCGGCAAACUAUGGAACGCCCACACAGAAGAAAACUACAACAAACCCUACGCCCGCGGGUUCAACGGCUCAGACUUCCUCCUAGAUCCCUGGACCUAUCGCUACUAUUAUGCACGAAUGACCCGCAACGGAAACCCACCUGUCCACUACAACGGCAACUACUCGACCGACGUCAUUGCCGAGAAAGCUUCUGGUUUCUUGGAGGAAGCGAUCGCACAGGAUAGACCGUGGAUGUUGACUGUUGCGCCGAAUGCACCGCAUGCCAAUGGCUCGACGGAGAACGGAGCAACCUGGUUUGGGGAACCGGAGUAUGCGCCCCGUCAUGCAGAUCUUUUUAAAGAUGCCAAGGCACCAAGAGAUUCGAGCUUCAAUAAGUUGAUUCAGGGUGCUGUUAGUUGGACGGAGAAUGUGCCUGAGCUGAAUCAGACUGAGAUUGAUUAUAUUGAUGUUUUUCAACGGUGUCGGUUGCGUGCGCUGCAGGCUGUUGAUGAUAUGGUUGGGGACUUGAUUGAGCAGUUGGAUAAGGCUGGUGAGCUGGAUAAUACCUAUAUCUUCUAUUCAACGGACAAUGGGUAUCAUCUUGGUCAACAUCGGUUGCAGCCGGGCAAGAACUGUGGUUAUGAAACCGAUAUCAACGUCCCUCUUAUUGUUCGAGGCCCUGGAAUCCCCCAGAACCAGACUUUGAAUGCUGUCACUAGCCACACGGAUCUUGCUCCGACUUUCUUGUCCAUUGCCAACUCUACUAGAGAAGGUUUGGAUGGGAAGGCGAUCCCGACCACCGUUGCUGCCAGCAAUGCAGAUAACAAGACCGAGCACGUUGCCAUUGAGUACUGGGGCUUGGCUGUUCCUGAGGGAAUUUACGGCUACGCCAGCAAUAAGCUCAACGAAGUUGGCAAUAGCUACAAAAACAACACAUACAAGGGAAUCCGCCUUGUGUCUGACAACUACAGUCUCUACUAUGCAGUCUGGUGCACAAACGAGAAAGAACUCUACAAUCUCAAAGAUGAUCCCGACCAAACCAUAAACCUGGCAGCGAACCCCUCCCAACACGAAAAUUUCAGAAUUGCCAACCGCGAUCUCACGCAGAUCAUGAGCCGUCUCGAUGCUUUGAUGGUGGUACUAAAGUCUUGCCAAGGAGAUGAAUGUCGAUACCCAUGGCGCCAGCUCCAUCCGAAAGGUCAGGUUGGUAGUCUGGCCGAAGCACUGGUAUCUGGUUUCGAUACCUUUUAUGAGAAUCAGCCUAAGGUUACGUUCUCGGCUUGUGAGCUUGGAUAUAUUGUUGCGUCAGAGGGUGCGCAGAAGUUUGAUGUUUAUGGUGGUGGAGUGAGGGAGAAGAGAUGGGAUGAUUUGCUGGAUUAUUUCAAGUGGUAA